UUCAAAUGAAUCAAACAGAAAGCAUGUUCUUAUUUUGCGCAGUAUGGAUUUAGCUUGGAUGCAUGUUCUGUAUGAAUGAUGAAGUCACUGGACAAGAAACAAUGACCCCAUCGCACUGUCUCCGAGGGUAGACGGGGGGUAGAGUGACAAGGAUGGGCUAUCUCGACUCCAAGGGAGAGAAAGGGGAGGGGAGUUGACAUUAAAGCAGCACAACAAGGAACUCCACAGCAGACACAGACGCCUUCAUUUUAUGUUUUUGAAUAAUAGCUAGCUCGCUGGCUAUCAUGGCGAAUUGUAACCAUUAAAAGGGGGCAAACAUCCUUUAGACUGCCCGUGAGCCCAAAAGACAAGCUUAGUCGUGGAACAGAAACAUUUACAAGUUAAAUCGUUUCCCGAAGAAAUCGCGGAAUGGGUUCAGAGCCGCCCUCAUCCCCUCAGCUGCUGGAGGAAGGAGUGGAGGAUGACGACGAGGAGCUAAGCGGAGGAGAGGAGUCGGACCUGCGUGUAUCGUCGGGCCGAGGCUCUCUGUUGACCCGGCGAGGCAUCACUCUGCGGGUCCUGCUGAAGGACGGCCUGGUGGAGCCGGGAGACGGAGUGCUGUCUAUCCACUACCUGGGCAAGAAGUUUGUGGGAGACCUGCUGUGUGACGGCAAGAUCCGCUGGUUGGAGACGGGCCAGAUCUUCAACUCGCCCAGCGCCUGGGCCACGCACUGCAAGAGGCUGGUGAACCCCGCCAAGAAGUCCGGUUGCGGCUGGGCAUCUGUGCGCUACCGCGGCCAGAAGCUGGUGCAGUACAAGACCACCUGGCUGCACAAGUACCAGCCCAGUGCUGGAGAGAUGAACUUGGCAAGUGAGGGAGAGGAGGAUGACGAAGAUGAGGAGGAAGUCAUUCCAGACCUUGGCCUGAUACAGAGAAGACCAGACAGAGAGAGAGUUCCUGUCAGAUACUGUAACCUUGGCAUGAGAGACGUUCAAAGGGAUCCCCACACAUUGGUAGAACUGUCUGCAUUCUCAGCCAUCAACAGAUUUCAGCCUUUCAAUGUGGCUGUGUCCAGCAAUGUGCUUCUGCUUAUGGAUUUCCACUGUCACCUGACUACCAGUGAGGUGGUGGGAUACUUGGGUGGACGCUGGGACACUAAUACACAAUUGCUAACUGUCUUGAGGGCUUUCCCAUGUCGCACACGACUGGCUGACAGAGACGCCGCAUCAGCAGUUGAGGAAGAGAUUUGCCAGAACCUGUUCAUGCGUGGUCUGUCUCUGGUGGGCUGGUACCACAGCCACCCGCGCGGCCCAGCGCUGCCCUCCCUGCAGGACAUCGACUCCCAGAUGGACCACCAGCUCCGGCUGCAGGGCAGCAGCAACGGCUUCCAGCCCUGCCUCGGCAUCAUCUGCGGACCGUAUUACCAUGGAAACCAGGGUGUGGCCUCCACGAUUACGCCUUUCUGGGUAGUGCCGCCUCCUGAGCAAAGACCCAAUGACUACGGUAUCCCCGUAGCUGUGGAGGUAACCUACGUGCAAGACAACUUCCUCACCAGCGACGUCCUCAAUGAAAUGAUGCUGCUUGUGGAUUUCUACAAGGGAGCUCCAGACCUGGUCCAGUUCGGCCAGCACUGGAGCCCAGAGAUCAGUGUUCUGGACAAAAUGAAGGGUUCCAUCAGUGGCCAUGCCCCUAAGGACCAGGCCUACGUCCAGAUCCUGGAGCACGUCUACAGCCAGCUGAGCGGAGCACACUAGCCACAGCUCAUAACACAUCGCUCUGGACUGCGCUUCACAACUGAACUUCAUAUGUAGUACAUAUGAGGCACCCCCUAGGCAACGUAUGAGAAAUAGGUUACACAUCAUCACUAGAAGUUUAUAUACUGUACACUACUGGGGUGAGUUUCUCAAAAGACAAGUUGUUAGCCUGUUAGCAACUUCGGUAGUUGCCAAUGGGAAAAUGCAUUGAAAACAGCAAAGUAGCUAAUGUAGUUAGCAACUUUGGUUUUGAGAAAUUCACCCCUGUUUUGUAUAAGUAGUAAUAAGUACUGUAGUAUACUCGGAGAGACUGGAUAAGAAUAAGAUUAUAGAUAUAACACUCCCAGAAUCUCUGGUAUACGUAUGAGCUAUUAGUGGUGUGUCACCUACUCCUGAUAUAUAUGACUACCUAGGGGGCGACUCAUUUUAAACACAUCCCUGGAGGAGAACCUUCUUGAGCACCCUGGCACUGGUGCACAUGCUCUAUUACAGACAAAAGGACAAACUGCCUUCAAGGUACAGAACUGGACCAGAGCAACACUAUGAACUUCCAUAUUUGCUUUUCAUGUCUGUUUCUAGGACUGUUAGUGUCACUGAUGGUGUUUGUAGUUACAAUAUUGAUGUGAAUGUAUGUUACAUUUUGUCAGAUGUGGAUAUGGAUACAGAUGUGGGGCUGUCCACGGAAUAGACAGGAUUGUGGGUAGGCGACACAUUCCUCUGUUGGUUACAGCUGAUUCUAGUCAAACAAAAGACAAAGUAAGCUUCAACCAGGAUUUUUUUGCUCCCUUUUUAUUUUUUAUGGACUCUUCGUCAGUUUCGUGAGUACAAAAAUCCUGGUUUAACCCAUUUUUACAGCUAAUUCCAGAACAAAUCUGAGCUUAAUAAGAAGAUUCAGACUCAGACUGGUUCCGUUCAAAAAGCUGUCAUCAAUCCGUUGUACUGUAUUUCUGUAUGUGUGAUAUUUCUGUGCCCCACAAAACAAUGCCUUUUUUUAACCUGCUGAUAACAUUCAACUCAACAAAAUAUACACUGGAACAGUUAACCUCAUUGGAUCUCUGCCUGUUCAUUGAUCGGUUUGUACGAUGUCUGUUUUGAUAGUCAAAAUAGCAGAAUGCAGUAUGGUGAGGAGUCUUCAUGUCACAUCCUCA